CAGAUUCAGAAGCCCUCUUUUCAGGCUUCACUCCAAUCGGAGCAGUUCACUUCUCCAUAGCCUUGAAAUAUUCCACAGUAUUACAGCUGUUAGACGGGACAAGCAUGAUUCUUCUUACUGUGCUUUUCCCGUGCAUCAUUUCCACCUAUUCAGCAUCUGUGAAAGGCCAUAAUACUGGUCCACGAAUAAACAAUGACAAGUUAUAUAAGUUCGCCUACUCCACAGAUGUGCUUCUGGACAGGGUGAAAGGCUCGUCCCUGGAGAGUGCGGGCUACCGGAUUUCAUGUGGCGUGGAUGUCAACUUAGUAUGGAGAAAUCCCAAUAAUGAUGACGAUCAGCUGAUCAAAAUUGCGAUUACAGAUGCAAAAGUUGAAAAUGUGCAUGAGCGUCCAAAAAAGAAAAACAUUUUUGAAGGCAAAAAUGCAGCUGCAGUCAUUGGAAAAGAGCACCUGGCAGCUUUAAAAAGGCCUGUAGUUCUGCAGUGGACUCGUGGAAAGGUUAAAAACUUCUACUCCUAUGAAAAUGAACCUGCUGUUAUUCAGAAUCUCAAGAGAGGCCUGGCUAGUUUGUUUCAGAUACAGAUGAACUCUGGGACUGUCAAUGAGGUGGAUAUUUCCGGCAGAUGUGAUGUUACUUACCGGGCUCAUGAAAAUGAAAUCACUAAAAUUAAAGCCUUGAAAUCUUGUAAAUUAGAACGGACAGGAUUUACCAGCCACAGUCAGCUCUUUGACAUCAGCCAAAAAUCAGUUUCUGCCACAACCUAUGUGCUGGAGGACACUUUUAUUAAAUCAGUGCGGGCAGAAGAAAAUCACAUUUUGAACGUGAAUAUUCAGCGAGCAAUUGAUGCGAAAGUGGUUUCGAAGCAGAAACUGGAACUGAAGUCAACUGAAGCUGGCCCAAGAAUGAUGGCUGGGAAGCAAGUUGCUAAGAUUAUCAAGGCUCUGGAUUCAAAUUACGUUGCAAUUUCACUUGCAGCAGAGCCUGUCUCGGAUGAAUGCAAAAGUUGCCCCACACUCACUCAGCAGUGGAAGACUAUCCGGUCACAGAUGGAACCCGAAAACCUUUCCAAAGCCGAUGCUGUGAAAGGAUUUUUGUCUUUCAUUCAGAACUUGAGGAAAGCUACGACAGAAGAGAUUCUUCAGAUUCUGAGAAGUGAAAGCAACGUGGAAGUCCUUCCCCAGUUAGUUGAUGCUGUAGCCUCUGCACAGACCUCAGCCUCUCUGAAAGCUAUGCUGGAUUUCCUGGAUUUCAAGAACAAGAGUGGAUCUGUCCUUCAGGAGAGGUUCCUCUAUGCCUGUGGAUUUGCUUCUCAUCCCAACGAGUUACUACUCAGAUCUCUAAUUAAUACAUAUAACAGCCAGAUCGGGAGCAGCGAAAUCCGAGAAACAGUUGUCAUCGUUAUUGGGGCCCUCAUCAAAAAGCUUUGUGACAAGGGAGGCUGCAAACUGCCUGCUGUUAUGGAAGCCAAGAAGCUGAUCUCUGGAGGUUUGAACAGGGCAAAGACGGCUGAUGACGUGAAGGUCUACCUUCUGGCAUUGAAGAAUGCCGUUUUGCCUGAAGCUAUUCCAGACCUUCUGAAAUACGCCGAGUCGGGAGAGGGCCCCAUCAGCAAUGUUGCUGUUUCUGCCCUGCAGAGAUAUGAGCAUUCUUUCAUUACCAGUGAGGUGAAGAAAACCAUGAACAGGAUUUAUCACCAGAACCGUAAAGUUCACGAGAAGACGGUACGCACCACAGCAGCUUCCAUCAUCUUCAGCAACAAUCCUUCCUUCAUGGAAGUAAAAAACCUCCUGCUCUCUAUUGGAGAGCUGCCUCUGGAAAUGAAUAAGUACAUGCUUUCGCUAAUCCAGGACAUUCUACGUUUUGAAAUGCCUUCCAGCAAAAUGAUCCGCAAAGCUCUGAAGGAUAUCUCCAUCCAUAACUACGACCGAUUCGCGAAAACAGGUUCUUCCUCAGCUUUCUCGGGUUACCUAACACGUACUCCGGAUGUGUCAUCCACCUAUAGCCUUGACAUACUCUACUCUGGCUCUGGAAUCUUAAGAAGAAGUAACCUGAAUAUCUUUCUUUUCAAUAAAUACGCUCAACUUCAUGCCAGCCAGGUGGUGAUUGAGGCUCAGGGCCUAGAAUCCAUCAUAGCUGCAUCUGCUGAUGAAGGGGAAGAAAAUCUAGAGUCCUUCGCUGGUGUGUCGCCGAUCAUGUUCGAUGUUCAGCUUAGACCCGUUACCUUUUUCCAAGGGUAUGGCGAUCUCAUGUCUAAAAUGUUCUCAGCCACUGGAGACCCCAUAAGUGUGGUGAAAGGACUCAUCCUUCUGAUGGAUUACUCACAGGUAAUCCAGCUACAGUCUGGGCUGGUUUGCAGCACGGAAUUCCAGGGAGGCCUGGCCAUUGAUGUUUCUGGAGGAAUGGAAUUCAGCCUUUGGUACAGAGAAUCCAAAACCAAUGUUAAAAACCGGGGAGCUGUGGCGAUAGUUGGCAACAUUGUUGUGGAUGCGCUCUUUGUCAAGGCUGGCAUGGAAAGCAGUUUUGAAGCCGAAACAACUCUGGACUUUGUCUCCACAGUGCAGUUUUCACAAUAUCCGUUUUUAGUUUGCUUGCAGAUGGACAAAAUUGAAAGUCCUUCCAGGAGAUACUUAGUUAAAUAUGAAAGUCUACCAUCAGGAGAAUCUUAUACUUCCCGGAAAGGAAAAGUGAGGCUGCUGGCUGGUUCUGAAUAUCCCCUUCACCAAGAGAACUCCAACAUGUGCAAGAAAGUUUUCAGUGAUCAGUCUGACUCCUCGGAAAGCUGGUUUUGAAACAGGCGCCUGAUCUUUCAUUUGACCCCAACUGUGGCUGAUGUUGGCUUUCACACGUACUGUUGUGCUGGCUUAGGGCCUGAAUCUGUGAUACUCGAGCCCAUGAAAGCUUUACUGUCAACUUCAAGAGGCUCAGAAUCUUGAGUGCGUCUUCACUGUGUUUACAUAUUUACAUAUAUUUAAAGAAACCCUUUUUUUAUGCAACAAGUUAAGGAAAUCAUACCAAUCGAUGCAAUUCUAGGCACUCAUUGAGGGUCCGGUUAGAUGUGUUGCGUGGCCGCCUUGUGCGGAUCUUCCUGGCUCCCUUUGUUUGGUUUUAAAAACACCUGGGAGCAGGCACUUUGGAUUGGGGCCACAGUGAAGGAGCAGAGAGGGCUUAACCCAUUUCCCGCACCUCAUUUCUGCAACUUAAAAUCACUGCUCCUCAGUCACGAAGCUACUUUUACCCCAUGGGAAGGGAUUGGAAGGCGGGCACUUGUCCUUGUCGUUUCCUUGCUUCAUAACAGCAUUAGAGAUGUAACAGCAGCAAUUUAAGUAAAGGACAUGAUUCAGGGGGAAAGGGGGGAUUUUCCUUUCUUAAAUAUCACAACCCUAUUCCCAGUCUUCCCCACCACCCACCUCCAGCUACUUUUAACCAAAGAAAAAGACCACAGGAGUUCCAAUUAUCUGAUUUGGCCCUGGGGGCCAGUACCACUCUGACACUGACAAUAAAAACACACACUGGGAGGUCCAUGGUUCUCCCAGGCUUUUUAAAAAAUCAGCACAGUAAAAAUAAUGAUUAUUUAUUAUUGUGUUUCAGUUGUAAACCUGCCUUUAGUGGAAUCCAUUUUUAAAGUGCAGUGGUAUUCCCAUAGCUGUCAAGUUCUCCCUUUUUUUAAGGGAAAUUCCCUUAUGCUGAAUAGGCUUCCUUGUGAGGAAAGGGAAAACUUGACAGCUAUGGGUAUUCCAUGCUAAGGUAGCACAAAUAAUCAUUAAUGCAACCCAAACUGAAACCUUGCACCAGUUCCUGGACAAUUCCUGCUCAUUUUAAUGGGACACGAGCAGAAGAUUUAGCUGGCUGCUGUUGCGUGGUUUAACUGGAAAACAAAAGAUAUCGGAGUUAGGAUAAUGGAUGGAAAUAUGCUAAUGCGUGCUGUACAAAAGAGAUAGAAUUGUAUGUGUUCAUAAAUAUUUUCCAUGUAUUAUACUAACCCCAGGCUUUUUUUAAUAUACGGUUUGCAAGUUGAAGAACAAUGCUGUGUGCAUGUGUACUUACUUGAAAGUAAAUCCUACUGUGUUCAUUAGGACUUACUCCCUAGUAGGAUGGAGGAAGACAUUUGAUUCAGGUCACAGAUUUGCACUUCCUGAAACAAUAAGUGAACCAAAACACAGCCAUCCUUUGAAAUUCACACUUCUCCGAAUGUUGCAAUGUGUUUCUCCAACCAGAUAAUGUGUACAAAAUGCAUAUAAAGCUCAUAUUAGUGUCAUAGAAAAAUUGCAGUAUAUUGGAGAAAAUUGUUUGUGACAAAACUGUUUUUGUAGGCAAAACUGGAUAUAAAACGUGCAAGGAGAAAUGCACACUAAACUACUGACCAAUUUGAUGCGGAAAUAUAGGGAACUGGAUUUAAGACUGGGGGGAAAUGAGAUUCUGAGAAAAUCCUGAAAUUGACAGAUUUGCCCAUCAAUAUGUAGGAUUCACCCUUAGGCUCGUACUCAUUUUCGUUUUGUGGUUUGUUUAAUCAGCACUGUGUUUGAAAGUAUUUGGGUUGUUAACCUAUGUUGUAAAUGCUUGCUUAUCUUUUUUUUAAAAAAAAUGUGUGCAGUUAGAGACAGUUCUGAUUUGGGAGAAGGUAAAAUCCCAAGUCGUAAAUUUGCUCUUCUGAAAGCCAAUAGGUGGCUUCAGUGGAAAUAAACAUGGUCCACACUGGUGCUUUUAAAUGAUCUCAUCCUGAAAUGUGGUGGAAGUAGGAACGUGUUCACACAGACAUCACUCAAUUGGGCCAGGAGAGGACAGGACAAAACCAGGACUCGAAAGAGCCUCCUCUCUGUCUCACCUUCUAAUUACCAUUUUUACAAAGGCUCCACCUUUGACAUAGCAUGAUUUUUGGGCAGUCAUGGGCCCCAUUAAUGGUAGACUUGCAUUCUGGGCAAUGAGCAAUAUGGCAUGUAAAUAGAUUUAAACAACUCAGUAUUUGCAGCUGAGACGUUGCUGGGGUUUACCUCCUCCUUCUGUAGUUAAAGUAUCUACCAUGCAUAGAAUCGCUCACAAAGCUACCACACUGGAUUUAUUUUUGUGAUGGGUAGAAACCAUUAGGGAGAGACUGGAUUUAUUGGGUGCAUCUGCAGAGGAUUACAAGGAUGACUAAACACCAUUGACAAAUCUAUUUCCUCUAAUCCUGAACCAUAUGCACACACAUAGGCACAGAUUGAGUGUAGUUUCCCUGCCACGCUCUUGACAUCUUCUCAAAAAUGUUUUACCACCCUAGAUGCAGAUAAGUGAUCAUUUUUUAUGAUUAUGGUGCUAUUUUAGGCUGCAUCAAUAGAAGUAUAGUAUCCCGAUCAAAGGACGUAAUAGUACCACCCCGUUCUGCCUUGGUCAGACCACACCUAGUAUUGGGUCCAGUUCUGGAGACCACAAUUUCAGAAGAAUAUUGACAAGCUGGGGGGCAACCAAGAUGAUCAAGGGCCUGGAAACCAAGCCUUAUGAGGAACUGUUGAGGGAGCUGGGUAUGUUUAGCCUGGAAAAGAGGAGACUGAGAGGAGCUAUGAUAGCCAUCUUCAAGUAUCUAAUGGACUGUCACGUGGAGGAUGAAGCAACCUUCUUUCCCCCUGCUCCAGAAGGUAGGGACUAAACCCAGGGAUUCAAGUUAGAAGAAACUCACCAUCAGAAGGUUCUUCCUGAUGUUAAGAGCUGUUUGGAAUGGUAUCCCUCGGGAGGUGGUAGGCUCUCCUCCAAGUUCUUAAGCAGAGGUUGGAUGGCCAUCUUUCAGGGAUGCUUUAGUUGAGAUUCCUGCCUUGCAGGGGUUUGAACUACAUGACCCUUGGUGUUGCAUCCAACUCUAUGAUUCUGUGGUUGUUUUGCCAGGGCCCGAAUGGUUGGCAAUGGGGCUGCUGCCAAGCUAUUCCUUACAACACCAUUCCUAGGUGUGAAGGUCAAAGUACUCCUGUUCAGUUGUAGUGAUGGGGAUGAGAAGUGGUUUAAUUUUGUUUGGAGGGCUGGGGUUGGUACUACUGAAGCAGUUUUAUUGUGCUGAUAAUUUUGUUUAUUGGUUGUCCAGCUGUGCAAAACUCUCCUGGCAAUUGCAGACCGACCAAGGUAACUGGUCAGCUGUUCCCACACAGACUAUUCCAUUUUACUCUUCAGGGUUAGUCUAACAUUGCCAUAAUUAUCAGUAAAGUGUCAGAUUUUGGGGAAAAGAUAUUUAAACACACCACAUAGGUUUGUACUGUAUAAUCUAGAAGAAGCGAAUUGCUUUUCCUCAUAAAUUGGUAAAAAAAUGUUUAACACAGCAGCUGAAGCUAACAGAAGCAAUCCCAUACCUUUGAUGCAACCGAUUUUCUUCAUGGCAGUAGGAUUUGUAGCUAAUGUCAUAACUUGGGGGGAAACAAGGUGCUCUCCUGUAAAGGCAUUGCAGGAUCACAACCAUUUUGUUAGGAAAAAUGAAAGAAAUUUGUUCCUGGCUAUUCCUCGAACACUCCACAUGCCUAAUUCUUCAGAAGUGAGUGGCUGGAGUUGUGCCCCCUCCCUCAUUGAUAACUGUGUUAGAAAUAAUAAAUACAUAUUCCAACAACAACAAAAUCCAAAUCCCUAAUUUGGUAAUCCUGAUUUAUUUAUAUUUUCUUGCCAGAUAAAAUAUUUACUACAUAUGUUGGUCACAAGAUCCUGAGAGAAAUGAAAGAGCCACUAUUGGACUUUGCCAAGGGUUCAGUUCCCCACUCAGCCACAAAGCUUACUGGGUGACCUUGGGCCAAUCACCAACCUACCUCACAGGGCUGUUGUGAGGAUGAAAAAGGGGUGCAUAUGCUGCCUUGAGCUUCUUGGAGGAAGGAUAAAUAAAAAUGUUUUAAAAAUUUCAUCAGUAACAUGACUGUGAUAUCAAGAAGAGACUGUCCAACCAAUCCAGAGCUUUUAUGUGAAUGGGCUUGCAUAUUUACUUCAAUUUCAAUGCACUUCCUUCUGUGUGUGUUCUUGUGUUGAAAGAAUGCAGAGCUCACAACAGAGCUCCAUGUGUGCCCUGCAACUCCUUUGGCUGCAAGGAGAAGUUGCAUUUCCCAGGACUCGUAAGCUCCCAUAGUCUAGAUGCCCAGGAGGGAUAGAGGGAAAAACCUCUCUGCUCUACCAUAGCGAGAUAAGAUGAGGUGGAAAGAGUAGUCCUGCAGUCACAACAACUGUAGAUGGAGUCAGAUAUAGAAAUUUGGGAUCGGGAGAAAUUGAGAGGGAUAGGACACAUGGGGAUGCAUCUGGCUCAGAAAUUAUUUGAGCUAUUUUCUGAUCUGGCUUGGUUGGCGUAGCACAGCCCAAGUCUGAAUUGAGCCUAGGAAGGUUCAUCCCUCACUAAUUAUUAGGCUAUUUGUGUGUGCUGAGGUCUGUGUUGCUGCCAAUAGAACUUGGGCUGUAGGAGGACAAAGGUAAUUUUGUAGGGUAGGAUAUUGACCAUGUGCAUAUCCUAUUCCCUUCCCUGUGGGUUGUGCACUCUCACACACAAACACUUUUUGGAAUUGUACUAUGACGCUUAUCUGGCAAUGGCACAGACCAUGGUAGGGCAGAAAGUCGUGGGAAUUAGAAGAAAUUAGCCCUUUGCAAUCAAACAGCUGGUCUGCUCAAUCAUCCUCCAACCAUCACAAACUCUUGAAAGUGCUCUGUUAAAUCAAAACAGAGCUGUCAGCAAAUGGAAGCUUCUGAACCCAGUUUUACUCCUUCAGCAGUGAUAAAUGCCCUUCUGGAUUUUCUCUCCUAUCAGAGCCAUGCACUUGAUUCUGAAGAUAUCUGACCCCAACAGCUGGACAUAAUGAGGAUUCCAGGAAGAGAGUUAGCAACAGCUGGGUAGCGGAAGGUAAUGGUUUGCUUGCCUGGAGGACUGUGUUGCUCUGGCAACCCUACAACAGACAAAAAUAUGUUUGCAGCCAUAUGCAGUCUAAACUCACAUAUGAAAGCCAUAAAACCCCAUGGAGCUUCUUCAUACAGUACAGGCAAAUCUAUGCAACUGGAGAAAUGAUAUGGU